AUGGAUGAGCUUCAGAAGAAACUGAGCCAGAGGCAUGAAGCAAGACCCCGCAAAGUAAGAUUCAAAAUCUCCUCCGCAUACAGUGGUCGAGUCUUAAAGCAGGUAUAUGAAGAUGGGCAAGAACUUGAAAUCCCGCCGGAAGAAUAUCCUCACCGUCUUCGGCACCGGAGCUUUGAACCCAGAGACCAUUUAUUUGGGAUUGGUGAAGCCCCAGAAUCCAGGUUUUGCCCACCAGCUAAACUGAAUGCCCAGAGGAUCAGUGUGUUCAGAGAAGGGAGCAAGUAUACCCUCACCAGUAGCCCUUCUCUCUUAAAUGACUACCAGGAAAAUGAUAGUCGGAUGGUAAGUGCUCAUCCUCCCAUUUUAGAUUUUGGCAAGAUCAUCAUCUACACCAGCAAUCUGAAAAUAAUCCGAACACCAAUGAAUAAGAAAGAGCUGGUGAGAAAAAUCAUGCAGAAUGAAGGUAUUGAUGACUUGCCCUUUAUGCACCAUGAAGGAAGAGGAAAUAGUAGCAACCAAAGUGAUGGGAACAUGAAGGACACUGAAAACGAGCCUGCUCCAGACCAGAACACACAGGAAGGAGAUGAUGAGAACAGUUGCUCCCAGUGUAAGGGAUCAGGUUCUGCACCCUGCUCUGUGUGCCAUGGAAGCAAGUUUUCAAUGCUGGCAAACCGAUUUAAAGAGUCCUACAGAGCUCUGCGAUGUCCUGCUUGUAAUGAAAAUGGCCUUCAACCCUGCCAGACCUGUGUCCCAUGACUGUACUUGUUCUUUGGCUUCUCUUGGCUUCCAUAAGUUAGUCUUUGUUUUGUGUAGGAAAAAGAAUCCUUCAGGUAUUUUAUCUCUGUAAGCCUCCUUAACUAUGAUGCACAUGCAGGCACCCUUAUUGUAUGGAAAUUUAAACAUUUUCAUACAAUAAGGGUGCCUGCAUAUCUGCUGGCAAGAUAUGCACAAGGAGUCAGCUCAGCUACUGUAAAAUAGCACUCCCUUUAACAACACUACAAGUGCUGCCUCUCACUAUUAGCUUAUUGGCAAACCAGACUAUGAUGCAGACAAAAUAAGGCGUUUUAAAAUCUCAUUGAUUUCACUAGGUGAGAUUUAAGCUUAUUUCUGCAUCUGAAAUCAGUGAAACUUAAAAAGGUUUCUUAUUGCUUAAUUUUACUCCCCUAUUGUAAAUUGGGAAGUCUAAUUUAUUUUGAUGAAGCAGCAGUUUUGAAUAGCUACUAACAGCAUCAGAAAUCACCCAGGAUGCAAAAUGAAAGAGGUUUUCUUACUAAUGCAGAAUUUGGUUCCUCACGGGAGAUCUUGAGGUUGUAUAGGUACUGAGAGACAGCUGUUUGCAGCUUUUCAGCAUAUGUGAAAGUUUCUGUAUGUUUAGGCCAUAUGUUUGUCAUGAGACUGUAAUUUCUUGUAUCUCAUGGUUUUAGAUGAUAAGUGUAGAGCAGGAAUUGUCUUAUGCAACUUGAGAGAACAGGGAAAGUAAUAUUCCUUAAAUCAACCGCAACUGAUACCAGAAGCAACUGUAAUUCCACCAGUGAAAUAAAUUAUAUAACACUGCAUUAUUACAAUUUCAGCUGCCUAGAAAAACAACACUUUAUGUUUAACAUUCACAGCACUUUCCGUUUACACACCAUUUUGCAAUUAGCUGUACACUUAUCCCUCCAGUACUGCAUGUGUUUUUUCUGCAGAUCUAGCUCAUUUCAAAUGUACUAUUAUGAGAAAACAUUGUGUUCUUCUGUUGUACAAUUUAGGCAGGAUUUUUCCAAUUCUAAAUGCUACUGCAGAUAAAGGAGGGCAGUGGACUUCUAGCAGUUCAGUUGAGGAAAGGAAAAUAUGCAUUUUAUGGCCUUUUCCAGAAAAAGUUGCUACCACUGAAGUUAAUUGAGAUCUGUCUCUCUCAGGACUUGAGUGUUGAGUGAACAUAAGUGGAGCUUAUGUUCUUUAAAAUGAAUCUCCACUGCAAUUUCUAAACCAGAGACUCUAAUUAGUUUAGAUGAAGAAGCUGUGCUGAAAAUUUAGCAUGCUGCCACUAGCUGCACCACAACUUUUACAAACAAGAAGGCAAAUGAGAAACCUGUCUCCCAAAGCCUAUGCUUUAUUGUUACGUUGCUAAUGUCAAUGUUGGCUUGGCUUGCCUAUGAGAUCUAAGGCCCUUGAUAAGCUAAGAGAUUUCUCACAGUCUAUCUGCUGAGGUUGCAAGUAUUGUCAGAGUAAUUUAGCGCCACGUUUGUGCUUUGGGAUGUAUAUGUUAGAAGAUUUCUCUGAAACAGCUGUAGUAUUUGCUCUAAUGCCAUCAUAUUUCUAAAACCCGCCUGGAUUCUAUAAUGCUGAAGUUCAGUGGUGUGUGUCCCAUUCACAGAAAUAUUGCUUUCAUGUUUGUAUUGUAAAUGUAUAACUACUACAGUCAGACUUCUAAGUUCUAAAAAUGCAUAAUAUAGAAAUGCUUUGAAUUUUAAUGGAAUAAUGGUUAGUAUAUGAAACAGGGGCUUUUCUUCAACAUAGAUCUUACAACCCCUCUUGCAUUUCACUUCUGAAUUGUUCCAAGCAUCUCCACUGCUAAACAAGUCUGCUUCAGAUGUUAUUGAUUAUCCCUAGCCUGUAACUGUGAAAGUUGGAAACACAGAAAUCUUCAUAUGCUCUAUGGAAAUGUUGGAAACGAUCAUUUGAUGCUCAAAAAUAAGAAACCUGUGUGCUCUUUGGA